GUGUGUUGUCAUGACUACAGGUUUUGUGGCUUUCAUUGUGCAGCCAUGAAAAAUAAUUCAAACAUGCAUUUGUUGCUCUCUUAUAACCUUAUAAGGAAAAUAAAUGGGCGUGAGACAGCGAUGAAACCAGUUAGCAGACAAUAGAAGACAUUUUGUGUGCAAGCACAGGAGUCUGAUCACCGGAGAAAAGACGCACAGGUCGGUGGACUUUCAGCUCUAAACAGUUUUCACUCAUCACUGACAUCUCUUUCAACAACAUGGACGGCUCAAGGAGACUUGUUAUCUUGGGGAAAACUGGAUCUGGGAAAAGCAGCCUGGUGAACACCAUAUUUAGAGAGGACAUAUGCAAAAUCAACCAUACUUCCAAAUCUGAAACAAGUGAAUGCAAAGCAGCAACCAAAUGUGUUAAUGGAAAGAGCCUCACUUUGAUCGACACUCCUGGUUUCUUCGACACCAACAUGUCAGAAAAUGGUCUGAAGCCUGAGAUGGUGAAGUGUAUUGUUGAGAGCGCCCCUGGGCCUCAUGCUUUUCUCAUUGUGUUUAAAGUGGAGAAAUUCACAGAGCACGAACAGGCAGUCACUACCAAAAUAACAGAACACUUUUCUGAAGAAGCUUUAAAAUUUGCAACAGUUGUCUUUACUCAUGGUGAUCAGCUCCAAGAAGGACAGACAAUUAAAGAUUUUGUCCGCGAGGAUCAGAAGCUGAGUGAUCUGGUGAAGAAGUGUGGAGGCCGCUGCCAUGUCAUCGACAACAAAUAUUGGAAAGAAAAGCCAAAGGAUGAAUACAGGAGCAACCAGUUCCAGGUGGAAGAGAUACUUAAGACAGUGGAGAAGACGAUAAAGGACAACAAGGAUGGCUACUACACCAAUGAGAUGCUUCAAGAAGUGGAGAACAAAAUACAAGACGAGAUGGAACCCAUUAGAAAGUCAUCAAAAAACAUGUCAGAGGAAGAGAUCAGAGAGAAGGCUAAGCUUAACGUCUUUAAGAAGCUUUUGAUUCUAAUGACAGGUACAGGAGUAGGUAUAGUGUUAGGAGCUUACUUUGGUGUGAAAAUAAUGAUCAAAUUAGUUCUUAAAAUAUUGAAAGGUCUUAAAGACAUGACAAAUUCAUGUUUAGGAAUUUCAAAGUUAGCAGGAGGAGACAAAUCAGCAGAAGGAGAAGUUGAAACACUUGUAGCAGCAGGAGCAGCAGCUGGAACAGCAGCUAGAACAAUCCCAGCAGCAUUCAAGGCUUUAGCAGUGACUGCUGCAGUGUGGCAGGAGGUGUGGCAGGAGGUGUGACAGGAUGUCUUGCAGCUGAGGAAGCAGAAACAAUGCAGGAAGCAGCAGAGAAGGCAGCAGAUGCAGUCAAGAAAGGAGCCAAUUAUAUCUUAAAAACAAUAGAUGAGAUAGAACUAAUCUAAAAUUCACUUCCUUCAGAUUAACCAACCUGUUCUGAAAUGACCAAAUUAUUUGCUGCUGUGCUCUCCUUGUGUUUGUAAGUUGAAAGCGUGUGCAUGUUGUUCCUAAUUGGCAUAUGUAACCGCCCACUAAUGCCCAUAAAACGGCACAAGUGCAGGGCUCUGCAGACUCACAGAAACACAUGCUGGUAGCAAAAAAAACAAGGUUGUGGAGAUGCCUGGGACUCCUAACGCAGAAUAAACUUUAGCAGUUAGAAGUGGAGGUACUACUGCAGGAGGUCAGCAGCAAACAAACUGUUUGAUUCAGCAGUGGGAUUAAAAUUAAAUAUUGUAAACCCUAUGGACUAAUAUUAUACAAAUGUAGUUUUACAUGAAAUGCAAUGAAUCCCAGAAUCUUCUUAAAAUGUUCGUACUAGGAUCUAAGUACAAAUUUCUUUAUAAGAAUGAAUGGUGAAUGAGGCACAAUGUCCUCAAAAUCAGAGGAAUAAAGUAACAUAAUACAUUGACUUUUGUAAUGAACUUACUGGGCUGUUGAUUAAAUGUUUGACAGAAAUCUUUAUUUUGAAAAUUGUUGUGUAAUAGAUAUCCAUUUAACCUUUUAUCUCCAGUUUCAGAGUUGCUGUUUAAUGUCUAAAUGUUUUCUUGUGUUUUUCACUGAAGUAGAUUAAUGUUAGAUAAGAAAUGUGGGCUGAUAGAUGUCAUUAUUAUUGACGUGAACAGAAUGAUUUUCAUUGAACCCUCUCAAUCCUUUGUAUUCUGAACAUAUAUAUCAAACAUAGCAAUAAAAAUAUCAACACUCA